GUUUAUCUGUUUGACGAUAAUGCUAAAAGCUUUCAGUUAUAAAAUAGAUGUGACCUAUUAAUUUGAGAUUGUAAAUCAAAAUGUCAGAAUGUUCAAGUUUCUUCUCUUGUGUUGGCAUUUUCAAGACUGUCAAAAGAUUGAUUUAUGAUAUUUUAAUACCAAUCAUGGCCUGAAUUUAAUUUUAGAUUAAUUUAUUCUAUUGUCAUCAUCAAUAUUAUUCAACGCAGAAACACUUUAAAUGAACAUGAUAUGUUUCAUGUAUGAAAAAUGUCAUCUAAAAAAAAAGAAAAACUUCAUGAAUACAAAGGAAUUGAAUACAUAUAAACAUACAUUGGGUCAACACUGCCUGUUCAGAGCGUGCAGCGGUGCAGUGGGGUCUGGGAGGUGCGAUGGUGAUGAUGUCAACUGCUAUUGAUCCGCACCUCAUAGCGCUGUGCAUUUCAAAGGCUGGUCAGCAUCUGAGGACCACUGUUAGGGGAGUGACCUUUUGGCUUAGCGAGGCUUGAAGCUGCCAUCAGGUAAUCCUUCAAAUAGCUCUUACGUGCACUCUCACAUUUGAAAAGGUGGCAUCAGGACUCGCGGACCUUAGGGGUUCGCCUGUGAUGUGGGCCAAGAGAAGCGAGGUUAUGUUCUAUUUUAUCAGGAGAAGCUGUUCAAGGACAUCCCCAGUCAACACACACUGUACUCAGCAGAUACCAUCAUGUGUGUGUGGAUUUCACAUUUUGCAGUGGCACUGAAAUCACUUAUUGAAGCAUCAAUAUGCUUUGACACUGAUCCUGGAUUUUAAGUCUUCUACCUCUGAUUAACUCUCUUCCCUUCGUGAAUCUGAAAUGAGCAUCCGGCUGUCAUUGCUACUGGGUUUACCGCUUCACAGAUAAAUGCAGUCACGGGAUGUCGUUUUAUGCGCAGCCCAUUGUAACGCCUCUCCAUUGCUCCUGUUCCAUUUGUGUAUCCAGGCAACGGCAAUUUGAAAGCUUGUCUCUUCAGAGAUGCAAUCACCAUAACUCUGAGAGCACUCUAGUCAACUUGAUGAAGCCAAUGAUCAUUGCUUGAUUGAUCCAUCUACAGCCUACUCAAUCACUGUUUUUCUCAUUUAAAGAAACCUCCAUAUCAUUUGCUUACAAUAAAUCAAUGAUACUUUUAUCAUCAUAAUACAGUGACUGUAAACAUAGGAAAUUAUAUCAUAAUCAAAUGCUGUUUUCCUUGAUAUGUUAUAAGUAAAAUAAAACUAAAUCUGACUGACAAGCAUGAGUAAGAUCUUCAAAACAUAAAAUCCUACAUAUACACAAAUAAAUUCAGCAGUUCUAAGGAAUCCUAUUUCAUUUUCAGAUUCAAAGCUUCCCACUCCUUUUCUUUAGAGGCCUGCCCAAACUUGUUGAAGGUAUAUAAGAAAAGUAGUGGGGAAAACAGAGUCUCCUGGGAAACCACAACAAAAUGUGUUCUCACGUAAAUUAGGGCUUAUUAUCUUAUUGUUUCUUAAUAACAGAGUCAAGUACUCCAGGAAAGCAUGAGUCAAACAGAACAUACCAAAGGCUAAGGAGAUUUUGGUGUUGCAUAAACAUGGAGCACAAACACCUGUGAGCCAAAAGUCAACACAAGUGCCAAGUCAGGUCAGAACGACUUACCGAAGGACUGCAGACAGGCCUGGAUGAGCUCCUCCCAGCUCCCCCCUUUGGUGAGGGGACCCAGGGACACCAUUGAUUUACUGGGCACAGGCUGGGCCGGGCUGGGUUUGUGAAACCUGUGAGGUCGGCCCGGAGGAGAAACUCUAGACCUGGAGCUGCAUCCUGGAGUCGCCCUCCUUAAGAAACACCAACACAACAGGAGAGCUUGUUGUAAUGAAAGUGGGCCUUUCUCUUUUUGCCUAUGAGGACGUAUGUUCGUGGCAGUAAUGGCUGUAAAAUCCCUGGCUCUAAAGUGUUCUUCGGCCAUGAGAUUUUGAAUGUGGAAUUGACCGAUGGCGCAAACACUGGCAGCGGCAAUGUCCAACAGUCCAGCUGUGAAGAGCAUUUGAAUGUGGAAAAGUUUCAACCAUACAGGAAGACUAUCACAUUGGAUGAUGAAGAGGAGUUUAUAAACUUUGUAGUCAUAGAUGAGUUUCAUGAGAAGUUUCUGUCUGCUGUGAUGGACAUCAAGGCGCAGCAUGUGAUAGGUGUGGGAGCUAAUGGAGUCGGGGUAUUUGAACACGGGAGACUGUGUUGGCUGCAGAUUGCCACUAAAAGCAAGGUGUACCUGUUCGAUAUAUUGGUACUGGGACCUCGGGCCUUUAAGAACGGUCUUGCCAUGAUCCUCGAAAAGAAGCACACGCUGAAGGUCAUUCAUGAUUGCAGAGCCCUUGCUGGAUGUCUGAUUGCUCAGUUUGGGGUAAAGCUUACCAACGUAUUUGAUACGCAGGUAGCAGAUGUCAUGUGCUUCUACUCCAACACAGGAGGUCUUCUCCCGAACAGAGUCAGUACCCUGCAGGAGGUGGUUAGUCUCCACCUGAAGGUGCCGUCCUACCAACUCCUGUCCCUUCAGAUGAUGUCACAGCUCACAAAGGAAGAAAGGGAGAUGUGGUACAAGCGGCCCUGUCCUGUUCCCCUGCUCAAGGUGAUGGCUCUGUCAGUGAUCCACCUCCAGACUCUCAGAUUCUUGCUGCUGGAUACUCUCAUGACGGACUACAUGACCCUGGUGGAUUCCUACCUGAGCAGCAGCCAAUACCAGCCCGAUGAACUGGAGCAUGUCAGCAUGGAGAGUGCGUUGGAGCUGCCUAAAGAGCUCAGACAGCUAGAGCAAAUGCGUAUUGAGCGACAGAAGUGGGCUGCAGACCGUUUCCCCACCACAGAGCAGGGACUGCUGGCUCGCUUCAACCCUCAAACUCCAUCCCAGACCUCACCUGCAGCGGAGGAGCAUGGGCAGAAACAGGCAGAUUCCUUUGAACCCGAAGCUGAGGAGUCACCUCCACAAGCUGAUCCUCUCCUUCACGAGCCACCCAAGAGCCCUCCGAUAGUGGACAGUGUUUCCGCUGACUCAGCUCAGGCUCCAGACAUAAAUAAACAAAUGUCUGUCAACAGUCCCCUGUCCCUCGGUGUGGGCAGAGGGCGAAUGGAUGUGCCGAUGGACACAAUGGGUAGAGGAAUGCCAUUUGGAAAAGAGCAGUCAUCCAUCCCAGCUUUACCUGCCAUAGGAAGAGGCUUACUUCUUCAAAUGGCACGAGAUCAAUCCCCCAGAAAGAGCAACGUAACGCCUGGUUGGACGGUGACGGCUCCUUUGUGCCCCAACCAAGAGGUGAUGCCCCUGCCGGGCCACAGUGCUUGGCAGCCAGAGAACACUUUUGGAGAACAUCUUACACCCAAGUCCCUCUCACCUUCACUCUUGCAGUCCUUCCGGUCGUUCAGAUCAUAACCCGGAAGCCCUAUAAGGACAUGUUUCAGAGAAGUUUAGUUCCAUUGUUUGUUGUUUCUUAAAGAGACCAGUAGGUGGCAGUAAAUAUUAGUUUUUGGACAGGUUUGUCUGAUGCCAGGUGAUGUUGUUAAAAGUCUUUAGAAAAAAAGACACAACUAUUUAGUUUGGAAGUUGCAUGUCAGUUCAUUCAAACAUGUUUGUAUUGUUUGUGACAGAACGUAAGUUUCUUUUGUGUUGUAUUUUAUAAGGGUUUAGCCCCUAAAUCCUUCUCAGUUUAUUUUUGAAUUAGUGAUAAUUGAUUGCACUGUUGACUGUAAUGUAUAAAAAAUCUGUAAAAGUCAA